AUGGCGCAGCUGACCCAGGACCUCGGCACGGCCUUCUUCCAGAAGCAGCAACUCAACGCUUCCAUGGCGGACACCUUCCUGGAGCACCUGUGCCUGCUGGACAUCGACUCGGAACCCCUGACUGCCCGCAACACCAGCAUCAUCUGCACCAUCGGCCCGGCGUCCCGCUCGGUGGAGAUGUUAAAAGAGAUGAUAAAGGCUGGACUGAACAUUGCUCGUCUGAACUUCUCUCAUGGAACGCAUGAGAAAAAUGUCAGAGAAGCCACAGAAAGCUUUGCUACAAACCCCAUGUUCUACAGACCGGUGGCCAUCGCUCUAGACACAAAGGGACCCGAGAUCCGAACUGGGCAGGGUGAAAAUGCUGAGGUGGAGCUGGUGAAAGGUACCGUCAUUAAAGUGGUGACAGAUGACGCUUUUCGGGAGAAGUGUGAUGAGCAGAUCCUCUGGGUAGACUAUAAGAACAUCUCCAAGGUGGUGAAGGUUGGAGGACGGAUCUUUGUGGACGAUGGACUCAUCUCACUGCUGGUCAGAGAGAUCGGUAAAUGUUCUGACUUUUGUCUGGCGGAGGUGGAGAACGGGGGCAAUCUGUGCAGCAGAAAGGGGGUGAAUCUGCCAGGGGCUGAGGUGGACCUCCCUGCGUUGUCUGAGCGGGAUCGCCUGGACCUCCAGUUUGGGAUUGAGCAGGGAGUUGAUAUGAUAUUCGCUUCAUUCAUCCGGAAGGCGCAGGACGUACAUGCCAUCCGCCAGGUGCUGGGCGAGAAGGGGAAGAACAUUCGGAUUAUCAGCAAGAUAGAGAAUCACGAGGGGGUUCGGAGGUUUGAUGAGAUUCUUGAGGCCAGCGAUGGUAUCAUGGUGGCCCGCGGAGAUCUUGGCAUUGAAAUCCCAGCAGAGAAAGUGUUUCUGGCACAGAAGAUGAUGAUUGGACGGUGUAACCGGGCUGGAAAACCAGUAAUUUGUGCAACACAGAUGCUGGAAAGCAUGAUCAAGAAGCCACGUCCCACCCGAGCCGAGAGCAGCGACGUGGCCAACGCCGUGCUGGACGGAGCCGACUGUAUCGUUGUCAGGGGAGACGGCCAAGGGUCUGUAUCCAGUCGAGGCGGUUCAAAUGCAGCACGCGGUGAGUCUCUUAUCAAAGUGAGAACUCUGAGCUACAACCAGGCAGUCCAUCACAGCAGAUCUGCCAAUGUGUGGCACGUCUUGGUGGAAAGACCAGUAGAGUAA